GCGCGCCGCGGGGGGUUUAAAAGCCUGAACUGAGGAGGAGCAGCCCACAGUACCAAGGAGCUCCACACCGGGAAAAGUUUACCUCCAACUAUUCCGCUCGACUCAAAGGACGGAGAAACAGCAGACAUGGCAACUCAAGCCCAGCAACCUCCCCACCUUCACCUGUCUGAGCUCACCGCGGCGCAGUUCAUCGACAUCUGGAAGCAUUUUGACGCAGACGGAAACGGUUACAUCGAAGGGAAGGAGCUGGAAAACUUCUUCAGAGAGCUAGAGGGUACCAGACGAGGAGCUAGCGUGGAUCCUACACAUGCUGUGUUCAAAGAGAAGAUGAGGGAGUUCAUGGCCAAGUUUGACAAGAAUGCUGAUGGGAGAAUUGAGAUGACAGAGCUGGCUCAGCUUCUGCCCACAGAGGAAAACUUCCUUCUCUGUUUCAGAGAGUUUGUGGGGUCCAGUGCUGAAUUCAUGGCGGCCUGGAGGAGAUACGACUCCGACCGGAGCGGAUACAUUGAGUCGAAUGAGCUGAAGGGUUUCCUGUCAGACCUGCUGAAGAAGGCAAACAGAAGCUAUGAUGAAAAGAAGCUCAAUGAGUACACCAAGACUAUUCUGAGGAUGUUUGAUCUUAACGGUGAUGGCAAGCUGGGCCUCUCUGAGAUGGCGAGGCUCUUGCCAGUCCAGGAAAAUUUCCUGCUGAAGUUUGAGGGCAUCAGGCUCACAGUUAAAGAAUUUGACUCCCUCUUUGCCUACUAUGAUAAGGAUGGUAACGGCUACAUUGAUGAGCAGGAGCUGGAUGCUUUGCUGAAGGACCUCUGUGACAAGAACAAAAUGGACGUGGACUCGACAGGAAAAGUGGGCUACAAGAAGAGCAUCAUGGCUCUGUCCGAUGGAGGGAAACUGUAUCGCACUGAGCUGGAGAUCGUACUCUGCCGGGACUCUGCACUGUGACCUCCAUGCCUGGGACCCUGUCACCUCCCUCGUCCCCACCCCCACCACAGCCUCCUCCAUCCUACCUCCUGAUGUAACCUGGUGCAUGUGUGACCCUAAACUUCGCUUCACAAUUUAGAGUAAAAACAAAGUGCUCCUGAGAGCCUAAAGUGUACUGCUGGCCCUGCAGAUUUAGCUUUCUACCCUUCUGAGGUUCUUUCUGCUCAUUUUUUUAAUGUUUCAUGAUGUCCCAGUUUGAAAUAACCAUAGCAGCAACAACAACGAUAUAUUGUUUUUAUUUAUUGGACUUAUGUAUUAUUUUUACAUUCAUCUUUAAAUGUUCCUCUCCCACUUAAUUAGAAAGUAAUAAAUAUGCUAGUAGCAUUUUUUAAAUUUUAUUUAAAUGCUCUUUUAAAUUUGUUAUGAUCCUGUUUUAUUUCAUGUUGAGGCUUGUACUGUUCUAUUAAAGAUAUAUUAAAGAUAUAAGGAGAGAAUGAAUAAAUAUAA